GGACUGCAAACUGGACGCUGUCUGGAAUUUCAGGCGCACCGACAGUGAGUACCAAUUUCCUGGCAACUUCUACACCAUCAGCUACUUACAGCUAGAGUCUGUCUCAUCCCACCUUUCUCUGACUGACCACCUCAGGUCAAUCACAGAAACAUGACUGGAAAGAUAACAAAAGAGGAGACGGAGGAGAUGAGAGAGAUGUUUGGGAAAAUUGAUCUGGACGGCGAUGGAUACAUCUGUGAUUUUGAACUCCACGAGCUCCUUAAAGACAGCGGCUAUCCCAGACCUGGAUACAUGGUUCGAGAGAUCAUUCAGAAACUCGAUCGCAACCAGGAUGAUAAGAUAAGCUUCGAUGAGUUUCUGUCGAUCAUCCACGAGCUGAAGAACAGUGAAGUAGCAAAAACUUUCCGCAAGGCCAUCAACAGAAAAGAAGGCAUCCUGGCUAUUGGAGGGACAUCGGAGCUGUCAAGUGAAGGCACACAACACUCAUACUCUGAGGAGGAGCGAUUUGCCUUUGUGAACUGGAUCAACACUGCUCUGGAAAAAGACCGUGACUGCAAACACGUCCUGCCCAUGGAUCCCAACACAGAGUCUCUCUUCACGUCUGUCAAAGACGGUAUCGUACUCUGCAAAAUGAUUAACCUGUCAGUGCCAGACACUAUCGAUGAGAGGGUCAUAAAUACGACGAAGCUGACAACGUUUACGAUGCAGGAGAAUCUGAACUUGGCCCUUAACUCAGCUUCUGCUAUUGGCUGCCAUGUGGUGAACAUCGGUGCUUUAGACUUAAAAGAGGGAAAGCCCCAUCUGGUGCUUGGUCUGCUGUGGCAGAUCAUCAAGAUCGGUCUUUUUGCUGACAUUGAGCUCAGCAGAAAUGAAGCACUGGCAGCAUUGCUGAGAGACGGGGAAACCCUGGAGGACCUGAUGAAGCUGUCUCCAGAAGAACUGCUGUUGCGCUGGGCAAACUUUCAUCUGGAAAAUGCUGGCUGGCAGAAGAUCAACAACUUUAGCGGUGACAUCAAGGACUCAAGGGCCUAUUUCCAUCUCCUCAAUCAAAUCUCCCCAAAAGGCACAGAGGAAGAUCAGCCACGCAUAGACAUUAGCAUGGCAGGCUUCAAUGAGAAAGACGACUUGAAGAGGGCAGAGGCCAUGCUGCAGCAGGCCGACAGGCUCGACUGUCGACAGUUUGUCACCCCAGCUGAUGUCGUCAGCGGAAACCCAAAACUCAACCUUGCCUUUGUGGCUAAUUUGUUCAACAAAUAUCCAGGACUGACCAAACCUGAGAAUGAGGACAUAGACUGGGGACUUCUUGAAGGUGAGACGCGGGAAGAGAGGACAUUCAGAAACUGGAUGAACUCUCUGGGAGUGAACCCACAUGUCAAUCAUCUGUAUGGAGACCUACAGGAUGCCAUGGUUAUCCUUCAACUCUAUGAGAAGAUUAAAGUGUAUGUUGACUGGAGCAACAAGGUCAACAAGCCGCCUUACCCCAAGCAUGGAUCUAUGAUGAAAAAGCUGGAGAAUUGUAACUAUGCAUUGGAACUGGGGAAAAACGACGCAAAGUUCUCCCUUGUUGGCAUCGGCGGGGAGGACCUGUACAAUGGCACAUCUACCCUGACUUUGGCACUGGUGUGGCAGCUGAUGAGAAAAUAUACAUUGAAUGUACUGGAGGAACUGGGUGAUGGAGAGAAAGCGAAUGAUGACUUGAUCAUAAAGUGGGUGAACAAAACGUUGGCGGAAGCUGGAAAAUCAACCAAGAUUUCAAGCUUUAAGGACAAAGAGAUCAGCAGCAGUGCUGCAGUACUGGAUCUGAUAGACGCCAUCCAGCCCGGAAGCAUCAAUCAUGAUUUGGUCAAAACCGGCACUCUCUCUGAAGACGACAAGCUGGAGAACGCCAAAUACGCCGUCUCUAUGGCGAGGAAGAUCGGCGCCCGCGUCUACGCUCUCCCAGAAGACCUUGUGGAGGUCAAGCCCAAAAUGGUGAUGACAGUUUUUGCCUGCUUGAUGGGUCGGGGGAUGAAGAGAGUCUAAUAGACUGGCUGGGAUCAUUGUGACACUAAAACACACAAGCCAUUAAGACUUUGAAGAGCUCCCCAAACUGAAGAAGGACUUUUUUUUUUUUUUUUGUAUGAGAAUAACAUGCUGUCAAAAUCAGAAAUUCGCAUGCAUCCCUGCCCUUUUUUGAGGUGUUUACUGAAGAAUGUGUUCUUAUUGAAGGCGAAUCAACAACACUAAAAUUUCUAAAGAGAUGGGUCUCGUGUUACAGAGGACAACUUGUUACUUUCGAUAUUCAGAACUCUUGAUUAAUGUACAAGAAUGCUGUCUUUUAAAGUGAGCAUUCAUAUUUCCAGCUGCAAGGUUGUUUACAUAUUUUUUACUCGGACUGAUAAAGUAAAUUAUAUCCUUGACUAAGCAACACAUUCCUGAAUACCACGCUUAUAAAUAAAUGCUUGACAAGGCAAAGAAAAGAAUAAAAGUUUGAGGAUGUUCAGGUGGAGCACAUUCAAAAACCACCCAAACAUUUCCUCUCACUUAAUGAAGUACAAGCAUUUCUUAAUAACUGGCACCAUAAACUUCCACAUAUCUGUAUACAGAAGCCAUACGGUCAAAUUGUAGUCGUGACCCCUGGCGUGCUGUCUGUAUUCUCGUUCUCGUCAUAUGUUCGUUUCUUGGGAUUAUACUCGAGGUAAAUGCUGUUAUUUUGGGGCGUCUAGUCUGUGUUGUCUUGGACUUCUGUGUUUUUGGUCUGUUACGUCGGAUAAGGAGUAGGUGGACUGGACUCUACUGGCUUCUGCUGUGCCUUCUACUUGUCUUAAAGACGACUUGUACUCACGCUUUCAGGUUUCCCCCUUUUUUUUCCUUUUGUAUUCAACAUUACCAAAUAUAAACCAUAACUUCAUUCCAGGUAGUUUUAUGAUAUUCUAUGACAAUGGCCAAAUUGUAUUUGGUCUCAUGUUCAUGUCUACUCCAAUUGCUUUACAUGUAACAAUAAAUAUGAAUUUGAAAACUG